UAACAUUAGUAGAAAUAGUAUAAGAGAUAGAAGUCAAGAAAUCUGCAGCCAUGUAUGUGCUCAUAAAAUGGGUAAAAGAAAACCGAGUAAGUGAGGGCUUGGAGAAGCAUGUAAAGGACAAAAAAAUGUUGAAUGACCCAAAGAGGAUUGGCCUGGUGGAACACGGAGCGGUUGGAGUAAAACCACCUAAAUGCGGCUGGAAAGCUUUUCCGGCCCAAAUACUCGCUGUAAACGAGAGCCUUGGGCAAUUAAAAAAGGCCGAGUCUCAGUGGAUAGAGAAGCACAAAAUGGCGACUCCAUCAAAACCAAAGACUAUAGAUAUUGAGGAAGAUUGGCCUAACAUUACUCACUCCGAUGACGAGGAUGAGACUCCUCAACAUCAGACAGAGGAUGACUCAAACGCCAUGACUCCAGAGCAGGCUUCAGUCUGGACUCCAAAACGGCCAAAGAGAGACUUCAGAAAUGAGGUAAAGGAGCUUGAAGAGAGGCUAAAAACCAAGGAAAAGGAGAUAAGGCGUUUGCGAAAAUUAAACUUUCAAAUGCAAGAGGGACUUGUUGAUACAAUCACACAAGCGGUCAAAGAUGCCAUUCAGGCAGCUCAGUCAACCCCCAGCCACCCAGUACCCACGUCUAACACCCAUCCAGUACCCACUUCUAACCAAGCAGGAGAGAUAAAGAACAAGUCUGUGACUGACUUAAUGAACCCAGUUGCUUUGGAUCAUGCUCAAAGAUGUGAGGGUUACAAAAAGUUAACCAGAACUCUUAUGGACUCCAUCUUCUCUUUCGAAGAGAUGGCAACAUGCUCCGUCACUGGAAAAAAAGGGGUUGUUGGUGAAAAAAGAAAGAGCCUUGACCUAGAAAUAGUGCAGCUAAUAAUUGACCAUGUCAAAAAGAGGCACCCAGGCAUCGGAGGCACUGAGAUCAAGGUCUGCAUGGCACAAAAGUUAAAAGAUCUGAGGAGACGAGCAGAAAGGAUGCCUGCUGCAGGAGACACAGAGGACUGAGACAACACACUUUCACAAACGCACACCCCCCACACACACACACACACGUAUACACCUGCGUUUUAGAGGCU